ACUUAUGUCCUUUCUGUAACAUGGCGAACGCCGCAUGUUCAUGGUAAACAUCUCCUGCGUUUUAUAAAACUGUAAUUUUAUAAAUUUAAUUUCACUAUGGAAUCUGCAACAAACACGACGACUGAGGCAACUGCUACUAUGGACUGUGACGGAAACACAGAGGUAUUUGAGAAAGUAAAAUCAAAGAAGACACGGAAACGUAAGCGGGAUGCGAGUGAAGUGUAUAUGGAGUCGGACACAGCAGCACCCAAGAGACCGCAGUUCCCACCCAUAUCAGGAGACCAACUCAAGGGAGGUGCAGACGAAAUGCGGAAAGUGCCUGUGCCUGCUCACCGUUACACACCCUUAAAAGAAAACUGGCUGAAAAUUUUCACCCCCAUAGUAGAAAACCUGCAGCUUCAAGUCCGUUUUAAUCUCAAAACAAGAAAUGUCGAAAUUAAAACAUGCAAAGAAACACAAGAUAUUGGUGCCCUCACCAAAGCUUCAGAUUUUGUGAAGGCCUUUGUUUUAGGAUUUCAGGUGGAAGAUGCACUGGCACUGAUCAGAUUAGAUGAACUGUUUUUGGAAACAUUUGAUGUCACAGAUGUUAAACCUUUAAAAGGAGAUCACUUAUCCAGAGCUGUCGGCAGGAUAGCUGGCAAAGGAGGCAAAACAAAAUUCACUAUUGAGAACGUGACGAAAACCAGGAUUGUGCUGGCAGACACGAAGAUUCAUAUAUUGGGAUCUUUCCAGAAUAUCAAAAUGGCACGGACGGCAAUAUGCAACCUCAUUCUCGGGAGCCCACCAUCAAAAGUAUAUGGCAACAUUCGGGCUGUGGCGAGCCGCGCAGCUGAGAGGUUCUAACACACGAAGAUCUACAAAAGUGCACCGCUCUUGGACUUUUCCCUAAUUACUGCUAUUGAUAUACAAAGUUGGUGCCACAUUGGCAUGAACUGUGUCUAUGAAUUGUAUGGUGAUUAAUUUGAGGAUCAUUGGACUUUGUUUGACCAAUUCCUCAAAUCAGUGGAUAUUCACCGAGCUUUAAAAUAAUAAACACACCAUGGAAAUAAAGGAAUGUGAAGUUUAAAA